AUGAACGCAUUCCGAACAGGCCAGUUCAGUCCAGAAGCUAAUUUCACCCCAUGAACACCCCUGCUGACCCGUCGAUGCACUCUCAACAGGCCUGGUCACGCUCCGAUCGUCAGGCGUCCACGCCGUCGCACCGACACGAAUCGCGCCCGCUCUCUUGCAGCAACAUCGCACCAUCUCGUCCAGCUCGUCCAAGCCGAUCCACCGUUCGAGCGCGAUCGCGCAGGCAACGUCGCAGACCCCGGCCACGGUCGAUGCUGAGAACGCGUUCAAUCUGGCCAAGCAAGGCUCGAACCAGCUCAGCCUCGAGACGCCCAAGAACGGCGUCGAGUAUGCUCUCGCUACCGCGGACAAGAUCGUCAACUGGGCUCGACAGGGUUCCAUGUGGCCCAUGGUCAGUGGUGUCGGGUAGUGCCGUUCGGCCAGCUGUGCAUGGGGUGCUGAUCUUGCUCUCUGUUCCUUUCCCCGCCGCGAUCGCGCUGUCCCUCCGCCACCUCGUCCCGCUGUCCCUCGACAACACUCCUUCCCUGGUCUUAAGACCUUUGGCUUGGCUUGCUGCGCCGUCGAGAUGAUGCACAUGGCCGCGGCGCGAUACGACCAAGAUCGACUCGGUGUCGUCUUCCGAGCUUCCCCUCGGCAGGUACGUGAUCUCCCCGCGGUCCUUCUCAAUGGAGUCGCCACAUCGGCUGAUCAGCGCUCUCUAUGUUUUGGGUGACCAGUCCGAUAUCAUGAUUGUGGCGGGCACCUUGACCAACAAGAUGGCGCCGGCCUUGCGCAAGGUCUACGACCAAAUGCCCGGUAAGUGCGCACUAGCGGAUAACUCGUACGCUUGGACGCGGGAAACUCGGCUGACGAAAGAACUCGACGUUUCCAUUCGUAGAGCCACGAUGGGUCAUCUCCAUGGGCUCUUGCGCCAACGGGUAAGUCCGGGACCGGUUCGUCAAUCGUCAUCUUCUGUGGCUGAUUCGAUCUACAAAUUACAUCUCCAACUCGCAGUGGAGGAUACUACCACUACUCGUAAGCUCGAGUCGCAACGCAUGAGAUCCUCUAAUGAUGCCCCGAUGUACUGACUCUUUCGAUCCGACACUCACAGCUAUUCGGUCGUUCGAGGUUGCGACCGUAUCGUCCCCGUCGAUCUCUACGUUCCCGGAUGCCCGCCGACGGCCGAGGCUUUGCUUUGUGCGUAGAGAUUUCGGGCGCAGCCCAUGAAAUGGGAUAUCGUGCUGACACUUCCUUUUCCCCAUCGGACCCUCCCCACAGACGGUAUGCUGCAACUUCAGCGCAAGAUGAGGUAUGUUUACUCGUCGGAGGAUUCUCGAAGGCACAGCCGCUGAUCGAUAUCUCUCGCUUUCUCGCUCUUGCGCAGGCGCGGAAGAAAGGGUGUCACGUGGUACAGGAGUAAGUCACUCUCAGAACACUCCUUCUCGUCCUUUUUGAGACUGAUCCACCUCGUCCUUCUCACAGAGUAA